CCCCCAGCUUGUGGUGGAAGGUAAAAAUAAAAACAGCGCGGGGACGUAGAGGUGAGCUUUAAUGGCGUCAGAGCAGGAGGAGGUUUGUGAUUCAGCGGAGUGAAUCCCAGGAGGAGGCUGAACGUGGACGCGGCGGUGCUAACAGGUUAGCUCACGUGUGUGGGUCGCAAAACACACGCAGCGUCCAAACAACGGUCGACCAUGACGUUACGCGGUGUUUUCCUAUUUACGACUCAAAUCGUUUUUAACGCUUGUUUCUCAUUUCAACUGAUUUAAAAAAAACACAUGUGGAAAAAAAACACCGAACAUCACUCGAAUCAGAAACAUUUUAACUGCGCUAAUUUAAUGGUUAUAGCGACGAAUGUGGGGGGGAGGGUUUGAUAACGGACGACCAAGAUCUUUCGCGGAGUUCAUCGCGUAAGCGGCGUCACUUCCGCUUCCUGUUUGCGGUUCUUCUUUAGGGGCCUAAAAGAAACGAAAACAAGCUGCACGCUGCGAAGCUUCGCUGCGUUUGUCGCCGUCUCUGCGCGUGGAGCUCGGUUCGGCUGCAGCUCGUGGACAAAGAGGAGCACGCGGCCGGUUCGGUUCGAGGCUGCGGAUCUGAGCCAGGAAAUGCUGCGGGCGGCCGAGUGCCGCGCUAAGGGAGCGUCUUUAAAGAGCCGCGCGAGGAAAUAAACGUGAAGCUGCACAGAUCGACGUGUCCACUGUCAUCCACUCAGAUGUGAUGAAUGAAGCAGCAGUGAACAGUGAAGCUGGAGGGAUGCCUGCAGCAGAGAGCCACCAUGCACAACAGGUCCUGUCCUCCCUGAACCAGCAGAGGGCGCUAGGCAGGUUUUGUGAUGCAGCAUUGAACGUGGGAGGGGGGCUGGUCUACCUCGCCCACCGCAACAUCCUGGCGUGUUUCAGUGACCUGUUCCAGCAGUCCAACAUGCCCGCCUCACCCUGCAUGGAGAUCUUCCUCCAGGAGUGUCCCAACGACGGCCUCGAGCUGCUGCUCAACUUCGUCUACACCGGGGAGCUGAGGCUGGAUCCUGACAACCUGGACAAGGUGCAGCAUGCGGCAGCCAGCCUGUGUGUGCCAGCAGCACUUCAGCUCUGUGAGCAGUUCAAAGAAACGUCAGUGGAUCCUGCGCCCCUCAAGCGUAGAAGAGGCCGGCCUCGAAAGACCACGUCAGACGCAACCCCUCAUUGUUCAGUCAAAGACGAGAACGUGGUCUUGGUCGUGGUAACAAAAGACGAUUCUGGGUUCGACACUGACGCAGCCACCACCACCACUGCUGCUGCUGCAACCACCACCACCCGCUCUGGUCGCGUAGUGAAGGGCCCCAAGCGACUGGUGACUGAUGAGAUCCCCACCACUGAUUUUAUAGCCACUGAAAUACUCAGCACGAAGGCCCCAAAUGUUCCUGCUGAGAAAGAAAGUAGUGACGUGGGAAAUCAAAAUCCAGAUCAGCCAAGUGUAGAAGCUGAGACAACCGAGCUACAGAUUGACAUAAACGACAACGGUGUGAACCAGGUAACCGAGGAGGCAGAGGAAGACGACGACGUGGGGGAAUUUGAGGGUAUCACAGAGGGUUCGGACGAGGAGUACGUACCCGUCGCCGAGCCCACCCCUUCCGCUUCGUCCGCAACAACAGCGCGGAGACGCAGGGCCCAGAAAAAGACGGCGAAAGCAGAGAAUGGCGAGGCCGUGGAGGAAGACUCAAAGAAGGACUCGGUGCAGUGUCCCAUCUGCGACAAAUCCUUCAAGAGCAAAUACUACCUCAAAGUCCACAACAGGCGACAUACGGGGGAGAGGCCCUUCGGUUGCCUUAAAUGUGGAAAGAGGUACUUCAGGAAGGAGAAUCUUUUAAUACACGAGAUCAGAGACUGUGCUCGAGUGCAGACGUACACCUGCCUGACGUGCUCCGCAACAUUUAAAGGAAAAGAACAGCUACGUCUACACAAUGUGUCGCACACCGGAGAAAUGCCCCAUAAGUGUUCACUGUGUGCUGAACAAUUCAUGUACAAGAAAAACCUGACAAUUCACAUGAUGAAGGUCCACGGUUACCCCAAACCACACGCAUGUCCUCAGUGCCCCAAAACCUUCUUAACCCGGACGGAGCUGCGCGUCCACGAAGCGGCCAAACAUCGAGGGGAGAAGCCGUUCGUGUGCGAGGAGUGCGGCCAUCGAGCGUCCAGUCGGAACGGACUGCAGAUGCAUAUCAAAGCCAUUCACAGAAACGAGCGCCCGUUUGUAUGCACCUUGUGUGGUCAUGCAUUCUCCCAGAAGAACAACCUCAACAUGCAUCUGCGUAUUCACAGCGGUGAGAAGCCCUUCCAGUGUCACCUCUGUGGAAAAACCUUCAGGACACAAGCCAGUUUAGAUAAACACCAUCGGACGCACACUGGCGAGCGUCCCUUCGGCUGUGACGUUUGUGAGCAGCGGUUCACAGAGAAAGGCGCCCUCGUCCGCCACAAGGCCAGCAAGCACGAGGAGGGUCGUCCCCACUGUUGUCACAUAUGCGGCAAAACCUUCAAAGCAAGGGAGCAGCUUCGUGUUCAUCUGCGCCGCCACAAAGGCAUGAGGAAGUUUGAGUGCCCAGACUGUGGCUACAAGUUCACCCGACAGGCACACCUGAGACGACACGUUCAAAUCCACAAACGCACCGAGAACUACAACCCCCGCCAGAGGAAGCUGAGGAACGUGAUAGUGCAGGACGUUGAUGGAAGUUCUGGUGAGAACGAAUCAACAAAAACUGCGGGAGUCUCGCUGACCACGGAGCCGACGGAUUACAGCCCGGACACCGGCGACCUCCAGGAAACCACAAACCCAGAGAGCGACUCCUCGCCGGCAGGAGCAGGCCUCGCUUCCAGCUGCAUCAUGAGGGUGGUGAUCGAGUCGAGCGACCCGGCGAUGGAGGAGGUGGUGUCAGAUCGGAACCUGAGACAGGUCGAGGCAGCGGAAAGUUUCUCGGUGCCAGGAGUCUUGCAGCCGACGCAGCUGGUCACCGAGGUGUACGAGUCCACGGUGGACAUGGAGGGACUCGUUGAGGACAUAACGGAGAGCAAGACUUGAGGACUGAAAGAGACUGACGCCUUCGUAGAAUUCAGGUAAAUGAGAAGCACUUAAAAAGACGAUGCAGGUGGUGAAUCACAGCCUGAAACAUUUGGCCUUGCAGAUCUAAAGAUGAAACGGCUGCUGAUGAGUUUCUAGUCGUGCAGAAGAGAAGUAAAUAUAUUUCAUGCUUGUAGUAAUUUAUACAUCGUUAGUUGAACUGCAUGUUUGUAAAAACAGCUUGAAACUAAAGCAGCUGGACUCUGGACAUCGUAACUUAUCUUCACCAGUCUUUGGAUUUGUUAACGAAGAUAUUAAAGAAUAAAUGGACAUUUCUUUAUGGUGGAGUGAGAUGAGAAUAAUAAACAUUAUUU